UACCAUGGCGACGAAGAAACAGAUAAGAGGCUGGCUAGAAAAUGGCGGACGUGCUUGAAAGUUCCGCUGUGGAGCGCGUGGUUAGAGCAAUAGAAAAAAUUCUUUCUGUAGAUUCAAGUCAGCAAGAAAGGAAAGCUGCACAUGAACUCAUUGAAUUUGUGAAGAAGGACUCCCCACAUUCAGCUGCAAUUGGACUUGCCUUGUAUGGAAACGAGUUGCAUGAUAUUCAAGUAAGACAUGUUGGAUUACAGUUUGUUGAAGACUACAUCAAGCAAAGGUGGAACGCAAUUUCUAAAGAUGAAAAAGAAACGUGGAAGAAAGAAGCAAUGUUCCUUAUAGAAACUGCAAAGGUUAAUGAUGCAGGUCACAUCAAAGAGGCAGUUGCAAGAGUUGUGGUAGAGGUUGCAAAAAGAGAGUUUCCUCAGAAUUGGGAAAAUUUUCUGCCACAGCUUGGAGAGCUCCAGACAAGAGGGCAUGUUCAAUUGGAGCUGACUCUGUUGGUCUUCCUACGGCUUGGUGAAGAUGUGAUUCUUACACUGGACCCUCACCUGCAUGCCCAGCGGAGGAGGAACAUUGAACAAGCCCUUAGCGAACGCAUGCCCGAACUUUUCACCCUUUUCAUUAAUACGCUGCAAGAACAUGUAGGGACAUGGAGAAAGAAUCGGGAGGCAAUGAGUCUACGCAUAGCUGAAGCAACCUUGUUCACUUUGUCUGUCUACUUAACCCAUGCUGCCAUCGAACAUAUUUUCGCAAGCAAUGCUGUGCUGCUUCAGAUACUUUGUCAACUGCUCGACAUGGAGGAGCUGAGAAUGGCGGCAGCUGAUUGCUUAUUGGUAUUGGUUGAAAGGAGACGGGACCGAGUUGAGUAUCGCAAGCCAAUGCUAAUACUGUUUUCUGAUGAUGCAAUGAAUCUUUUUGUUGAAGUUGCAAGGAAAGCCUGUCUUGCUGGUGCUGAAGAAGAAGGCUACAAUUUUCUCAAAAAAAUAUGUGACGUCAUCGUAGGCCUUGGGACCUGUCAGCUGGCCGACAUAUGGGGACACGACAGAGGCAUUACGGAACGGCCAGAUACAUUUGCAAAGUAUUUAAAACUCAUUAUAGAUAUGGUCAACCACCCUAGCCAGGUCAUUUGUCAUAAAGCAUGUUCCGUGUGCACAACAUUCUUCAAACAUGAACGAAUCUCUGCUGAUGAAACCUUCAUAGAAUCUAUACCUUUCUUCAUUCCAGCUUUCAGCGAGAAACUGCCAAAGUUUGGUGGCCUCGAUGAUGACAAUCAUCCUUGCUGCAAGUUCUCGGUGAUUGAUCAUGACUCUACCAACGAGUUCAUGGAGUUUUAUGCAAAAUUACGCUGGUCACUCACAAGUAAUCUGAAGGAGUGCACAAGUCUUUUUCCUGUUCAUGCUUUUGAGCACGCUUGUCGAAAAGUGAUGGAAGCGAUUCAAAAGCCAGUUGAUUUACAAGACUGUGUUCUUUGGGAGGCAUUGUCCACACUUUUGGAUGCAAUACUGUCUCGUUUCUGGAGGACAAAACAGUUUGAAGAAGCAAUAGAGGUAAUGGUAGAGCGCGAGAAAAACAUCAACGUCGUUGCAGUGGCAAACGACAUUUUGUUGUCGCUUAUUCAGUUCCAGCCAAGUGUGCCUCAAAUUGUGUCAAACGUUCUUCUAUGUAUACAAGCGUUCUUCCCAUUUUUUAAAAAAUCGCAGGUCCACCUGACAGCAACACUAGAAAAGAUAAUGCUCACAUUCAACAAAUUUCCUUUAGAGGAUUCAAACAAAGACGUCAUAGCAGUUCGACGCCAAGCUACAUGUUCUUUUAUCAAUUUAUGUAAACAGGACUCCGAUCAUUUAUUGCCGUUCUUCGAAUCAUUUCAUCAAUUCGUAUCGAAGCUUGAACAAGAUGGUGUAGUGAUUGUGGAAGAAACCAACACACUAACAGAAGGCCUUUUAGUUCUCAAUAAUGGUAUGGCAACUGAAAAACGUCACCAGUACUUGUCUUUGCAAGUUUCAAAGCUAGAUGAAAUUAUAAACGCUGCAGAUUUUAAAUUAUCUUUGGAAUCAACAGAAAACUUCGUGAAAUAUAUUGGGCUGAGUGAAUCACCGUGGGAUAAAGCUGACUGUGCAGGACAUCGUCGAGGGUUGCUCAAAUUCAUAAACUUGUUUUUGGCGAUAAUACGUAGAAGUCAGCUAACGGAAGCUGAAAAGGUUGCUAUCUCACCUAAUCAAGGAUUCUUCGGAAAUUCGACUGGAUUCUCGUGGCUGCAAAAAUCCAUUGAUUAUCUUCCGCAGAUAACACAAAUUGUAAAACACACUGGUAUGCUCUGGAGACCUGAAAUCCAAAGUGUCAUACAUAAAGAUUAUGCUGAGGCAUUUAAACUCCAUGAUAACGAUCGGGUGUUCUUGUUAGGUCAGCACGUGGCCAAGGAAAAAAAAGAUGCACAAAGUUGUUCAUCUUCUGUAGUUACAAAAGCAUCUACUUUUCUGUAUAUGCUCCACAAUCAAAGUUACACGCUUUUGGGAAACAUUGGUAGCUUUUUCCAAGAUCACUUCUACAAAUAUGGUGGUUUAGCAAAUCUAAUUGUCAAUGAUAUCAUGCAGACUUGGGUAUACAUUCCAAAGUAUAGAUUUAUAACAGUUUUCAAAUUCUUUUUAAAGCCAUUUUUGUCACAUUGCCCUCCAUCCUGCUAUUCCAUAGCGGCAGAACAAGUAAUGUCUGUUGCUCUACAAAGUAUGCUUCAGUUUUUGUCUAAAGAAUGGUCAGAGUUUCAUCAAAAAACAACCCAAAGUGGAACUUUUCGCAGUUCUGAAGACCAGGAUGAGACACCGAAUGAUCAAGUGAUAGAAGAACGGCUCAUUUAUUCACUUAGUCGAGAAUAUAUUGAAACCCUUGUUUCACUUUUCUUUGCAAAGAACAAAGAUAAAGAGACAGGUGCUAACGAUGAAGAUUCAUCACAGCCGGAACCAGGUGAUCUCGGAAAAUUUCUACUUCAGUGUGAGGCAACAAACAGUCACUUCAUUUUUACAAUGUUUACUGCUCUCACAUGGCCAGAUACAGUAUCAACAAACAAGGUUGCCAGAGUCCUUCCCCAUAUUACAAAUUUUAUUUCAAAAGAGUCAUCCUCAGGAUCAAAGAUGGAUGCUGCAAUUAUUAAUCAACUCUUCCUAUGCAUUCUCAAGGGGUUGCAGAUUCAUGGUGCAGAAUUGUCAGCUCAGGGGUCCCUUUUAACAGCAGCUUUGCACCUGUAUCUAAAUCUUAGAGUGGCGUACCCAUCUAUUGUCCAAGUGAUGUUAAUGGUACCAUCUUGCAGAAAAGAACAAUUAAUGAAAUUUGACCUAGAUGUAUUUGAAGCAGAGUGCAAACUCAGCGAAAAGAAGAAGAGAGAAUAUUUCAGAAAAUUUCUUGCGGAUGCUUUUGGGAAAAACGUUAGCGAGAUACACAAUGCAGAUAUCAAAAUCAAAGAUUUACAACCAUUGGCACCAAGAAAGAAAGCAAAACCAGAGCACGAAGAUAACAUUGAUAGUAUCUGUAAUUUAUUUGGGGAAGAUUCUUGACCUUAAAUAUUAAUACCUUUAUACUAUUCAAAUUCGAAUUUA